AUGGGGAGGAUCAGCAUCUCAUGUUUGCUUCCUGCUUCUUGGCACUUCAGCAUCUCCCCAGUGGGAUGUCCACGUAUUCUCAACACCACUUUGCGACAGAUUGUUGUGAUAGGAAUACUCGCUGCUGCUGUCUCUUUGCUUUACUACUCUCUGGUAGUCAUCCGCAAUAAGUAUGGGCGUGCGUACAGGGACAAAAGAUUCCACAGAUAUCUUGCCCGAGUCACUGACACUGAAGCUACAGAUACAAACAACCCCAAUCUGAACUAUGGAAUCGUUGUGGACUGUGGCAGCAGCGGCUCUAGGAUUUUUGUGUAUUGUUGGCCAAGGCACAAUGGUAAUCCACAUGAUCUGUUGGACAUCAAACAGAUGAGGGACAAAAACAGAAAACCAGUGGUUAUGAAAAUUAAACCAGGCAUUUCGGAGUUUGCCAGCUCUCCUGAAAAGGUCAGUGAUUAUAUUUCUCCGCUUCUGAGCUUUGCUGCCGAACACGUGCCACGUGCAAAACACAAAGAGACUCCUCUUUAUAUUCUGUGUACUGCGGGAAUGAGGAUUCUGCCAGAAAGCCAGCAGAAGGCAAUACUUGAAGAUCUGCUCACCGAUAUUCCUGUGCAUUUUGAUUUUCUGUUUUCGGACUCGCAUGCAGAGGUUAUUUCAGGGAAACAGGAAGGAGUAUAUGCAUGGAUUGGCAUCAACUUUGUCCUUGGAAGAUUUGAACAUACAGAUGAUGAGGAUGAAGCGAUUGUGGAGGUGCAUGUCCCAGGCAGUGAAAACAAAGAGGCCAUCUUCCGUAAGAGGACAGUGGGUAUUCUUGACAUGGGCGGAGUGUCGACUCAGAUAGCGUACGAAGUCCCUAAAACUGUAAGCUUUGCCUCUUCGCAGCAGGAGGAAGUAGCCAAAAACUUACUUGCAGAAUUCAACUUGGGUUGUGAUGCUCAUCAAACUGAGCAUGUGUAUAGAGUCUACGUUGCAACGUUCCUUGGCUUUGGAGGAAAUGCAGCACGCCAGAGAUAUGAAGAAAGUCUGUUUACCAGUACAGCGCUUAAAAACAGACUGCUGGGCAAACAGACUGGCAUGACUUCUGAUUCGCCCUACCUGGAUCCUUGCCUGCCCCUGGAUGCUCAGGAUGAGAUCCAGCAGAACGGACAGAUAAUGUAUUUGCGGGGAACAGGAGACUUUAAUCUGUGUCGUGAAAUUAUUCAACCGUUCAUGAAUAAGACUAAUGAAACGCAGACGUCUCUUAAUGGUGUCUAUCAGCCCGCUGUGCACUUUCAGAACAGUGAAUUCUAUGGCUUCUCAGAGUUCUACUACUGCACCGAGGAUGUGUUACGCAUGGGAGGAGAUUACAACGCUGCUAAAUUUACUAAAGCUGCAAAGGAUUAUUGUGCCACUAAGUGGUCUGUCCUACGGGAACGUUUUGACCGUGGUCUUUAUGCAUCACAUGCUGAUCUCCACAGAUUGAAGUACCAGUGUUUUAAGUCUGCCUGGAUGUAUGAAGUAUUUCACAGUGGCUUCUCUUUUCCUGUGAGUUACAGCAAUUUGAAAACAGCUCUGCAGGUUUAUGAUAAAGAGGUGCAAUGGACCUUGGGAGCCAUUCUUUACCGAACACGGUUUUUACCUUUAAGAGACAUCCAGCAAGAAAACUUCCGUGGAAGUCACUCCCACUGGAGGAGCUUCUCCUUUGUUUACAAUCACUAUUUGUUUUUUGUCUGUUUUCUGAUUGUGCUGCUCUCCAUCCUGCUUUACCUGCUGAGGCUCCGACGGAUCCACAGGCGAAUGUUGCGUAACAGCUCAUCUACUUCCCUAUGGAUGGAGGAAGGCCUCCCACCACAGAAGAUCACAGGACCUUUAUGAGAUGCUGUGAUGGAGAGCUUUUAUUGGACUUGCUAUUCAAAAAGCCAUUUUUGCCUCAGGGUUCCUCCUUUUUGUCCCUUUAAACCAUUGAAGAAGCAGAUUGCCUAGAGCGUGUAAUACAGCUAGGCUUUGGAAACAUGGGAAAAUGGGGUCAACUUGGCUUAGUCUCGUUAGACAAGAUCUGCCAAAAA